CAUGUUUUGACUUUCAAGAAGUAGAACUUUGAGGAUUGCUUUAAUCCAAAAAUACCUAUCUACGGUUCGUCCCGCCACGCCAGCGCUACACCAUCGGCGUCAUACACAACCCGACGAGCCCUUCCAUCGACGAAGGACAGACAGACAGAUCUCUAGAGAUGCGGGAUCACAUAGGAAUCCCCAGUCCUCUCCGCUCUCCCCUCUAAUCUCCCCUUCGACCACACAUCAUCAUGAGCACCUCACACGAUAGCAGUUCACCUUCACCAAAACCGCCCACGGGCAUCCGCUGGCGCUCCAGCACGCUCUUCAUCCUGUCCACCGUGGGGAUGGGUCUCUUCACCGACCUUUUCCUCUACGGGCUCAUCGUGCCCAUCAUGCCCUUCAUCCUACGAGACCGCAUCGGGGUGCCACACUCUCAGAUCCAAAGCCAUACAUCGAUCCUGCUUGCUUGUUACGCGGGGGCAUCGAUGCUCAGCUGUGUGCCGGCCGGUAUCAUCGCAGACCGGCUGGCUACGCGGCAGCUACCGUUCUUGGGCGGUCUUGUCGCGCUGCUUGCGUCGACUGUCCUGCUCUUCGCGGGUCGGUCUAUCGGUCUCCUGAUCCUGGCGCGGGUCUUUCAAGGGAUUAGCGGGGCUGUCGUGUGGACGGUUGGGCUGGCUCUGGUUAUGGAUACGGUGGGUAGUGAGAGGUUGGGCGUCGCUAUGGGGUCGAUAUUUAGCAUUAUCAGCGUUGGUCAGGUUGUCUCGCCUGUGCUGGGUGGCGUCGUGUAUAAGAAGGCUGGAUCGGGCGCUGUGUUCGCUAUGGCAUUCGGACUCCUCGUCGUGGAUUUCCUCAUGCGUCUCGCCGUCGUGGAGAAGAGCGCCUCGGCGGAAUAUGGGAUCGUCGUCGACCCCUCCGCCCCCGCCGACGAGGCUGAGAACCAGAACAAUGGCGAGGCGAACGAGGAAUCACCACUGCUCAGAAAAAGCUCCGACGAUGAUAAUGAUAUCGAACAGUGGAAGAUCCCCCCCAACCAACCAACCUGGGUCCGCAGAUUUCCCGUCAUCUCCUGCCUUAAGCAUCCACGACUCCUGACCGCCCAGGGGGUAGCCAUAAUGCAAGCCUUAUUGCUCUCCAUCUUCGACGCGAGUCUCCCCACCGAAGCACACGAUCUUUUCGGUUUCGACUCCCUUCAAGCCGGAAUCCUAUUCGCGCCUCUCUUGCUCCCACUCUUGCUCCUCGGGCCACUCGCCGGAAAAGCAGUCGAUAUAUACGGCGUCAAGCCCGCCUCUUUACUCGGAUUCACCACCCUCUCUAUCCCUCUCCUUCUCCUCCGCACACCUCAUGCCUCCUCCGACAGCUUUUCCGAGAUCCUAAAGCUCAGCGCACUCCUCUUGCUCUGCGGCUGCUCUCUCUCCCUCCUUUCCAGCCCCAGCAUCGUCGAGUCCGGUCACGUCGUCGAAUUAUACUACCGCUAUAACCGCGCGCAUUUCGGAUCCCGCAGCCCCUAUGCCCAGCUCUAUGCGGUCAAUUCGGUAGCUUCGUAUUUGGGACUUACGAUUGGUCCGCUGAUGGCUGCGGCGUUGAGGGAGAGCGUGGGGUAUGGGAAUAUGAAUGCGGUUGUUGCGGGCUUGUGUUUGGGGAUGGGGGCCUUGUCGUGGGUGUAUUUGGGGGGUAAGCCGAGGAUGUUGUUGUGGAAGAGGGGCCGUGUGUAGAAAGCAAAAGUAAAUAUUCUAGAUAUUAACAUAUAUAUCACUCUAGCUAUAGACUAGGUAGAAUAUCCUAAACCACAGUAUAUAGAUAAAUAAAUGUGAGAUCCUCU